UGUCAGAUACUCACGGUGUUACUCUCCGCCGCAGGUCGGCCCGUUGAAUCCGUGCGCUUGAAUAUUCUUUCUUUUUGAUUUUUAGCCGGUGACCUUGAUCCACAGAUUCGGAGAUGGCUGGCGCGGCGGCACCGAAGCGGCAGGACACCCGGAAAUUUUUCGAGAAUCUGUCCGGCGCUGGCAAAUCCAUCGCCGUGCUGACCAGCGGAGGAGAUGCCCAAGGCAUGAACGCAGCCGUGAGGGCGGUCGUCCGAAUGGGCAUCUACGUGGGAGCGAAGGUCUACUUCAUCCACGAGGGUUACCAGGGGAUGGUGGACGGAGGAGACAACAUCAAAGAGGCAUCGUGGGAAAGCGUCUCCAGCAUGCUGCAAGUGGGUGGUACAGUUAUCGGCAGCGCCCGCUGUAAAGAGUUUCGUACCCGUGAGGGCCGCCUGAAGGCCGCACACAACCUCGUGCAGCGCAGCAUCACCAACCUGUGCGUGAUUGGUGGAGACGGCAGCUUGACCGGAGCCAACCUGUUCAGAGAGGAGUGGAGCGGCCUGCUGGAUGAGCUCCUCCAGCAAGGUCUGAUCGAUGAGGAGGCAGCCCGCAGUAACUCGGCGCUCCACAUCGUUGGCAUGGUCGGCUCCAUCGACAACGACUUCUGCGGCACCGACAUGACCAUUGGCACCGACUCGGCGCUGCAUCGGAUCAUUGAGGUGGUGGACGCCAUCAUGACCACGGCUCAGAGCCACCAGAGGACAUUUGUUCUGGAGGUCAUGGGCAGACACUGCGGAUACCUGGCCCUGGUCAGCGCCCUGGCCUGUGGAGCAGAUUGGGUUUUUAUCCCUGAAAUGCCUCCUGAAGAUGGUUGGGAGGAUAACAUGUGUCAGAAACUGUCUGAGAACCGUGCCGAUAAGAAAAGGCUGAACAUUAUAAUUGUAGCCGAGGGUGCCAUAGAUUGCCACAACAAGGCUAUAACUCCUGAUUAUAUCAAGGAUCUGGUAGUCCGCUGCCUGGGUUUUGACACCAGGGUCACCAUCUUGGGCCAUGUGCAGAGAGGUGGGACCCCCUCUGCCUUUGACAGGAUCCUGGCCAGUCGUAUGGGCGUGGAGGCAGUGCUGGCGUUGUUGGAGGCAUCAGCAAACACCCCGGCCUGCGUCGUGUCUCUGGUCGGCAACCAGGCUGUCCGACUGCCGCUCAUGGAGUGUGUUCAGAUGACCCAAGAAGUACAAAAGGCCAUGGACGAGAAGAAAUUUGACGAGGCAGUCAGACUGCGUGGGAGGAGCUUUGAAAACAAUCUGAGCACCUACAGACUCCUCUCCUACCGCAAAGCAGACUCUGAGCUUCCUAAUAGCUCGUUUAACGUGGCGGUGUUGAACGUCGGUGCACCGGCUGCAGGUAUGAACGCCGCCGUGCGCUCUGCCGUCAGGGUGGGAAUCACCGAAGGCCACAAAAUGUUCGCUGUCAACGACGGCUUCGAGGGAUUUUACAAAGGACAGAUCAAGGAGAUCAAAUGGGGAGAUGUGGGUGGCUGGACUGGCCAGGGAGGGUCCCUGCUAGGGACAAAAAGAACUCUUCCAGGCAAACAUCUGGAUAAAAUUGCUGAGCAGAUGAGGAUCCACAACAUCAAUGCCCUGCUUGUCAUCGGAGGAUUUGAGGCCUUUGAGUCCCUGCUGCAGCUGUACGAGGCCCGGGCCGACUACGAGGAGUUUUGCAUCCCGAUGUGCAUGCUGCCUGCCACCAUUAGUAACAAUGUGCCCGGCACCGACCUCAGUAUUGGCGCUGACACGUCCCUCAACGCCAUCGUGGAGACAUGCGACCGUAUCAAGCAGUCGGCCAGUGGCACUAAGCGGCGGGUGUUCAUCAUCGAGACUAUGGGGGGCUACUGCGGCUACCUGGCCACUGUGGGCGGUCUGGCUGCAGGUGCCGACACCGUCUACAUCUACGAGGAGCCGUUUGACAUCCGGGACCUGCAGGCCAACGUGGAGCAUCUGACGCAGAAGAUGAAGACAACCAUCCAGAGAGGCUUAGUGCUCAGGAAUGAGAACUGCAAUGAGAACUUCACCACGGAUUUCAUCUACCAGCUGUACUCGGAGGAGGGUCGGGGAGUGUUCGACUGCAGGAAGAACAUCCUCGGUCAUAUGCAGCAGGGAGGCGCUCCAUCUCCGUUUGAUCGAAACUUCGGGACCAAAGUUGCAGCUAAAGCCAUGCAGUGGAUCACACGGACGCUCAAGGACUCUUACAAAGGAGGACGAGUGUUUGCCAACUCAGAGGAAACUGCCUGCCUGCUGGGGAUGCGUCGCAGAGCUCUGGUCUUUCAGCCUGUGUCACAGCUCCGGGAGGAGACUGACUUUGUACACAGGAUCCCCAAGGAGCAGUGGUGGCUGAAGCUCCGUCCACUGAUGAAGAUCUUGGCCAAGUACAAGACGAGCUACGAUGUGUCCGACUCCGGCCAGCUGGAGCAUGUGACCCGGGUCCGACCCAGAGAGGGCAAGAACACGUCGGCCAUCUGAACCGCGACACUGCCGCCGCCAAAGAGCUUCACGAAACGGUGACAGCUACUCACGCACUGACUGAUCGACUGCUGAUUGGCCACAAAUAAAUUAAGGUAGAUGUUAAAGAUGUUACGUUAAUAUUAAUAUUUAAAAAAAUAUAUAUAUAUUGAACGGGAAAGUCGUGGCACUUUUCAGAAGAGAUUUUCUGUAUUUUAGAUGGUGACAUCAGAUUCGAGGGCAGUCAUUUGGAAUAGUUUCAACAAGCUAGCAUCACUAACAUUGUAUUUUCGGAAUCCCCAAUCAAAGUUAUUGUAUACCUAAAUAUAUAUAUAAACACUCCUCAUUAUGUACUUUGUAAGUAUUCAAGUUUUAGUCCUGGAAAUGUAGCUAUAUCAAUUUUUUUUCUACGACACUUAGCUGAGCAAACAUCUGUGUUGCAUAAACAGGAAGCAGCGGUGUGUGAUGCGUUUAAAGUCUCGCUUUUGUCGUUUUUUUUGCUUUCUGUAGCACUUUGAGCCCUAUAAUUGAUGUAAUCCCCUAAAGCUGCGUAUAAAGAGGGAAGAUCACCUGCUAGCAGUCUAACACCUGUUCUCACCUUGCAAAACAGUGAUUGUAAAUUGUGCUAAAAAAAAAAACGUGAAGAAAUCGCAACCUACAGUAGGUUUAGA